ACACUUCUUAUUACUAUGGCACUACUUCGCAAUUCUCCCCUCCCAUAGAUAAAUGAAAACCGAUCUCAAUUUCUCUCAGUUUACCAGAGCCCCUCUUUCCCCAAUUAUCUCCUCUUUCCUUCCUCCACUGUCCACCCCAGCCAGACAAAAUCCUCCAUAAUUGGAACCCCACCAAAGACUCAAAUUCAAGGAACAAAAAAAAAAAAAAGAGGGAAAUAGACAUAACCAUUAAUCAUGCGGAUGAGCUGCAAUGGAUGCCGGGUUCUCCGGAAAGGCUGUAGUGAAAAAUGCAGCAUCAAGCCUUGCCUUCAUUGGAUCAAGUCCCCUGAAGCCCAGGCCAACGCCACCGUCUUCCUUGCGAAGUUUUACGGCCGCGCCGGCCUCCUCAACCUCAUCAAUGCUGGCCCUGAUCACCUCCGCCCCGGGAUAUUUAGAUCUUUGUUAUACGAGGCAUGUGGGCGAAUUGUGAAUCCGAUAUACGGCUCGACUGGCUUGUUAUGGUCGGGAAACUGGCAUCUCUGUCAAGCUGCAGUUGAAGCCGUUCUUAGUGGCUCGCCGAUUUCGCAAGUUUCGGCCGACUCGGCUGCAUGCACCGUGUGCCCACCCCUCAAGGCAGGUGAUAUUCGCCACGUGUCCAAGGACGAGAACUCGGCUGGCUCAGCAGCGCGAGAUCUUCACAAGGUGAAGUGUAGUAAGGGCAAGUUCAAGCGAGCCGGGGUGAAGCAGCCGAAGGUGAGGGUGGAGUCGCCUGAUGUGGAUAACGCGGCUCGAGUUAUGUGGAGCUGGUCUCACAAAGAGGAGGAGGAGGAGGUUGUGGGAUCGCCGAGCCGUGACUCGGGAGUGAGCCAGCAUGUUGAGCCGCCGAGUCGGGGCGGUGAGUGUGGGGAUGCUGACAGUGCUUCCGUGGAGACGGUGGAGGAGUCGCUUGUUAAGCCGGAUGAGCCAGCCGAUGGGAGUGAUGUAGAGCUGGAGCUGACUCUCGGCUUUGAGCCUGUUCUGUGUAGGCAGCGGAAAGUGGGGCCCCAGGAAUCCGACGGAGGUGUUAACAAGUAAGAGGAGCUUGGUUAAUAAUUCUCAGGAGUUAAAAAAAAUCAUUUUUGGCGGCUCAUAUUCACAUUAUCUUAGUUGCCUUCUCUCUCUAUCUUUUUUUUUUUUUUUUGGGUUCUUUUUGGGAUUGGGGAUGGGGGAGUAAUUUUUGUGUAAAAAGGGUUUUCAAUUUUUGUUACUUUGGGCGAUAAGGGUGUAAAAUCUGGCCAUGGUGACCUUAUGGUUGUGGUCCCAGUGGAUGUACAUUUUUUUUUUUAAUGAUAAAAUGGGUCCACGAUUCCAUUAAAUUGGAGCAAAUUUUUGUUGAAGGUGGCUCCUGAUUUGUAACAUAUCAGCCGGGUUAGGAUUAGCAAAAAAUCCAUCCAUGUCAAGAA